CUAAACACUGAAAAAUUGUUUUCAAUGAUCGUUUUACAACCAUCUCAUAACGAUAUUCAUACAAACUUCUCCGCAAUUCCUCCCCAACAUAUUCCUUCUUCAAUGUAUCAAACUGCCCCUCAAUACCAACCGCAACAGUCGUUCGUUUAUCCAAACAUAUAUCACUCAAGAUCGCCUUCUACAUCAUCGUUAUCUAGGCAUUCACCAGCUGAUACUUCGUUCGCUAUAGAUGCAAAUUAUUUGUAUCAGUCGUCUGUUAAUACUACCAACUCUAUGACUACUCAAUCUGAUGUACAAAAAGCUUCACCUAUUCAACAAAAUCAUUCUUCUCCAACUAUGAUGCCUUCCGGAUCGGCAUCAAGUGUUACUUUAUCGCCUGAUAAUACUGCAAAUAUUCUUCCACCUUUAUCAGAAGUUUUUCCAACUUCUUCAGCUCAUCCUGGUCAACAAAAUUCAUCUACAUCAUCUCCAAUUCAAUCUCAAGUUGUCUCACAACCACAAUCACAACAUCAAACGAACGCAAAUAUGCCAAUGACAUCAGCUGCUGCUCAUUCUGGCUUUUAUCAAACAAUUCCACAAUAUUCUGAUUUACUGAUAAUUCAACAACCUCAAAUUGCUUCAAAUAUUCCUGUAGCUGAUCCUCGUACUUUACCUCGUAUUGGUGCAAGUGCUUCUGAAAUGCAAGCUCUUUCUGGUGGUGCAAUAGACCCUAUAGGUAGAAGUCGUAAUAGUACAUCAAUGCUCGCUAUCAACACAAAUGGUUUAACUGUAGGUGCAACUGAUACUAGUCCAAUGAGUGCUAAUUCUUCUACAGGUUCACCGAUAGUUCCAAAUUCACUUAAUUAUCAUCAUCAUAAUGCUGCAAAUGCUGCUCAUCAUCAAGCUUUACUUAAUAGUCAUUUUAUGGCAGCUGCUCAAUCUAUGAAUAAUGGUAAUUUGAUAGCAUCAACAACACAUCGUUCAUCUAAUAAUCGUCGAAGUAUUAGAUCAGAAGAUGGUAAUGACGCGAUCUCUCAAGCUAAUAAUGGUGAACGUCCUCAAAAAGUAUACUCUUUCGUAGCUUUACCAGGAAUUAAUACUAAGAAAAGACCUCGUCGAAGAUAUGAUGAAAUUGAACGUCAUUAUGCUUGUAAUUAUUCUGGAUGUACAAAAAGUUAUGGUACUCUUAAUCAUUUGAACGCUCAUGUACAGAUGCAAAAGCAUGGACCAAAACGACAUCCUUCUGAAUUUAAAGAACUUCGGAAACAAUGGCGAAGACAAAAACGUGAAGAAGAAGAACGUAAAGCUGCUGAAGCUGCCAAUGCUAAAAACGUUAUUGGUUUAAAUAUAAAUUCCCUUUCCUCGAUAUGA